AAACUACUUCCGGGUCUGGCAGCUUCUGGAUCAGCUGGUUUCUUAUUGCGCAACUCUUGUGAACUUGGAUCAGUGAGAACAGACACUUAAAAAUGCAGAGGCCCAUUCAAAGGUUCGUGUACACAUUCGGUCAUCGCACCUGCAGCCAAUUGCCGCUAAUCGGCGGAGUCUCGGUAUCAACAAGAAUAACAAGAGCCCCAAUGGCCUUCUCAGCCCGCCAAUCCUCGUCCUCCGUGCUGGCCACGGAAUCGUCCAACAAGGGUAUGAUCAUACUUAACCGUCCCAAGGCGCUGAAUGCCAUCAACCUGGAGAUGGUGCGAAAGAUAUACAAGCAUCUGAAGAAAUGCGAGAAGUCCAAGUCCGUUCUGAUCAUCAAGGGUACCGGCGAGAAGGCCUUCUGCGCCGGUGGCGACGUACGCGCCCUUGUCGAGGCGGGACCCACCGAUGAAUCAAAGAGCUUCUUUCGGGAGGAGUACACCACCAACGCCUUAAUUGGAAACUACAAGAUACCUUACAUUGCUAUCAUUGAUGGAAUUACCAUGGGAGGUGGCGUCGGACUGAGCGUACACGGUAAAUAUCGCGUGGCAACGGACCGCACGUUGUUUGCCAUGCCUGAAACGGCUAUCGGCCUGUUCCCGGAUGUCGGCGGCUCAUACUUCCUGCCGCGCCUUCAGGGCAAACUAGGGCUGUACCUGGGGCUGACAGGCUAUCGGCUAAAGGGCGGAGAUGUCUUCUAUGCCGGUAUUGCCUCGCAUUAUUGCGAGAGCAGCAAAAUCCCCGAACUGGAGACCGCCCUACUCAACUGUCCGGAUGCGGACGAUGUGCCGGAGCUGCUGCAAAAGUUCCAUUCGAAGCCGGAGAAGCCGUUCUCACUGGAACCCGUUCUGGAGCAAAUCAACAAGAACUUUGCAGCGGACUCGGUGGAGGGCAUCCUGGAGAACUUGCAGAACGACGGCAGCGAAUGGGCAAAGAAGACACUUGAGACGCUCUGCAAGGUGUCGCCUACGUCGAUGAAGGUCACGUUCCGCCAGCUGGAGCUUGGCUCCCAGCUUUCGCUGGCCCAGUGCCUGAUUAUGGAAUAUCGCCUAGCCGUGCGUCACCUGGAGCGCAGCGACUUCAAAGAGGGCGUGCGAGCCCUGCUCAUCGACAAGGAUCAGAAGCCCCACUGGCAGCCGUCUCAGCUGGCUGAGGUCACAGAGGAACAUGUGCAAUGGUUCUUCCGCAAGCUGCCCGACACGGAGGAACUAAAACUGUAAUGUAGCGAGGCUUAGCUUCAUAUUCCACAGUUGCCUGCUCAUUUUGUUUGACUUCCGUUUUAUCUUAAUAUCCACGCACCUUUAAUGCCUUGUAUAUACUGUUUUGCGAGCUUGAGUUUUGCAUGGUCCCCUGCCUGCCGUUUUAAAGUUUUCUUUAUCUGUACUUGCACAGUAUAACGGCUGCAGUUUGACAAGCACUGUCGCUAAAUAUUCGCAAUCUCUUUUUCAUUCCAACAGCGACUAACUCUGGAGAAAAUUCCCGGCAAUCGCCCGUAUUUACCAAUAACGAUCGUGAAAUUUAAUGCAUUUAUAUAUGAUAUAAAUAUUAUUUACAAUUCGUAGUCCUAAUACAAUCUGUCAUUGUGCCUAAAUCGAUUAGAAAUCGUUUAACAAGAAUAAACUGAAGUGUAUAUGUUUA